AUGAUAAGCACUAUCAGCGGUGGCCCUACCGUUGCGGGCAUGAGCCACCGUUCUAUGAAACAGUACGUGCGUGCCGCACAGUUUCCUCAGGUGCUCGGAAUAGAGGUGAAUCGGCACCAGGAAGUACCCAAAGUGAAUUGGGAGCCGAUCACAUUUUGCGAAGAGGAAGAAGAGGGAAUCCUCUAUCCCCACGACGACCCGAUGAUCAUCCGAGCUGAAAUUGCCGAUUACGAUGUAGGGCGAGUGCUGAUCGAUACCGGGAGCUCCGUGAGCGUAAUCUUUGCCGAAGCUUUCAGAGAGAUGGGAAUCAAUGACAACCAAGUCGACCGGCAGUUGACACCUCUACUAAGCUUCUCUGGAGACCUGGUCCAACCGAUCGGUAGUGUCAGACUGCCAAUUACAUUUGGCACGGCGCCGAGAAAAACGACGACGUACGAUCAAUUCCUCAUCGUCGAUUGCCCGACGGCAUACAACGUCAUCAUUGGCCGAACGGCACUGACGAGGAUCAAGGCGCAUCUCUCGCCCCACAUGCUGUUGAUGAAGUUCCCAACCCCGAACGGCACGGGGGCAAUCCGGGGAAAUCAGUUAAGUGCGCGGACUUGCUACGCUACGGCGCUCAGGGCAACCUCGUUCAAACUCCCCGACGAGACCAUGACAGUGCAGGGGUUGCCGAACGGUACGGGACCGGUUGACGACCCCAGAGAGGAAUCACCCACUCCUCACACGCAACCCGCCGAAGAAUUGGAGACCAUAACCUUGAGCGAUGAACAACCCGAUCGACAGGUUAGGAUCGGCACAAGACUUACUGUAAACCUCCGAACGCAAUUCAUAGACUUCUUGCGGCACCAUUCGGAAGUAUUCGCGUGGUCUUACGAGGACAUGCCCGGCAUCGCCCUGGACGUGAUCAGCCAUAAACUCACCAUCUCCCCCGCUUAUAAGCUCGUAAGGCAGAAGCGCCGAUCAUACGAUGCCGAACGGUACGAAGCGAUGCGCACGGAGGUCGAAAAACUCCAAACCAUCGGCUUCAUCCGGGAGGCAACAUAUCCGGUAUGGCUGGCAAAUUCCGUCAUGGUAAAAAAGUCCACAGGCGGGUGGCGAAUGUGCCAAGACUAUACCGAUCUCAACAAAGCCUGCCCGAAGGACAGCUUUCCGUUGCCACGGAUAGACCAGCUCGUGGACGCCACUGCCGGCCACGAACUGCUGAGCUUUAUGGAUGCCUAUUCCGGCUACAAUCAGAUAUUCAUGCACCCUCCCGAUAGCGAACACACCGCAUUCAUAACGGACAAAGGAACUGCCGAAGAUCACCUACAGAACUUAUCGAUUAUGUUCGGCAUACUGAAAGACUACCGGAUGAGACUGAACCCGAAGAAAUGCGCCUUCGGUGUAUCUUCCGGGAAAUUCCUCGGAUUCAUGAUCAGUCAAAGGGGGAUCGAAGCGAAUCCCGAAAAAAUAAAAGCAAUCAUCGAUAUGGAGAGGCCGAAGACGACGAAGGACAUUCAAAGCCUUACCGGACGCGUGGCCGCCUUGACCCGCUUCAUAUCGAAAGCUACCGAUAAAUGUGUACCGUUCUUCAAAGCCUUGAAAGGGGGCAAACGGGAUAUCACAUGGACUGCCGAAUGCGAUAACGCAUUUCAAGACUUGAAGAACUACAUGAGCAAAGCCCCUUUGUUGUCAAAACCGCUGCCUGGAGAAAUUCUCUACCUAUACCUUUCGGUAUCCGAAACUGCCGUCAGCUCGGUAUUGAUUCGGAAACCAGAGAAGGCAGAGUUACCAAUUUUCUAUGCACACGGGAUCAAAGUCCUGACUAACCAACCGCUCCGGCAAGUGCUCCAGAAACCAGAAAUUUCUGGCCGAUUGAUCAAAUGGGCGAUCGAACUCGGGGAAUUCGACAUACAGUUCAUCCCGAGGCCCGCCGAAAAGGGCCAGGCUGUCGCCGAUUUUAUCUUCGAGCUUACCCCAUCAACGGCACAGCCAACGCCCGAGGAGGUUUCCGAGACCGUCUUGCCGGACGAGCUGAACGCCGAACGGUUUGACAGCUCAACUCCAAUAUGGGUUUUGCACGUCGAUGGCUCGGCAAACCAGCAAGGAUGCGGAGCAGGCUUGGUGUUGACAACACCGGACGGACUCAAGAUCGAGUACGCCCUCCGAUUCGACUUCCGGACUUCCAACAAUGAAGCCGAAUAUGAAGCCCUCUUGGCCGGCCUUCGGUUAGCCAAGAGCAUGAAUGCAAAGCAAAUCCGAAUUCACAGCGACUCCCAGCUCAUUGUGAACCAGGUAACGGCAGACUUCUCCGCCAAGGAUGCCUCCAUGUACGCCUACCUUUCAACCGCCCAUCAGCUACUCCGAAUUUUCCAAGCAUACGAGAUCAAACAGAUCCCCAGAGGCGAAAACAGCCAUGCCGAUGCACUGGCGCGCCUGGCUUCGGCGAUAAACGACAAGGUCGGAAGAAAGGUACCGGUGGAGAUUCUUGCCCAACCGAGUACGGUAGCCUCCGAAACGUGUACCGUACGGUAUGAGGAUACAUGGAUGUCUCAUAUCUACUUGUACCUGACGAACGGCACCCUUCCUGAAGACAAGGCCCAGGCCCGGAAGCUUAGAUACCGAGCAGCAAGAUACACUGUCAUCAACGAUGUGCUCUACAAGCGUGGCUACACCACCCCAUAUCUCAAAUGCCUUACGGCAGAGCAGGGGGACUACGUCCUUCGGGAAAUUCAUAAUGGUGUAUGUGGCGACCAUUCUGGGUCCCGAUCCCUCGCCUACAAAGCCUUUCGGCAGGGAUACUUUUGGCCAACCAUGCACCAAGACGCCAAUUCACUAGUGAAAAGGUGUGACAAAUGUCAGCGCUUCGGUAACGUUCCGCAUAUCCCUGCCGAACCUCUUACACCGAUUGUUAGCCCUUGGCCUUUCGCACAAUGGGGACUGGACCUAAUUGGUCCGAUGCCGCAAGGCAAGGAGCAGGUAAAAUACGCAGUGGUUGCCGUCGACUACUUCACCAAAUGGGUGGAAGCCGAACCCCUGGCAACCAUAAUGGCAGCGAAGAUUGAAGAUUUCGUCUGGACUCACAUUUGUUGCCGAUUCGGUAUCCCAUAUGCGAUCAUUACCGACAACGGCAGGCAAUUUGAUUCGGAACUCUUCAGGAAAUUUUGCACCCGCUUGAAAAUCAACUUGUUUUUCGCAUCACCAGCCCAUCCCCAGUCGAACGGUCAGGUUGAAGCAAUAAACAAAAUAGUAAAGAAGCUACUGAAACGGCAGCUAGACAAGGCUAAAGGAGCCUGGCCGGAGAAGCUUCCCGAAGCACUGUGGGCCAUUCGGACGUCUUACCGAACGUCCACUGGAGAAACCCCCUUUUCCCUGGCUUUUGGUUCGGAAGCAGUGGUGCCUGUGGAAAUCGGCGAACCGUCCUACCGAACGGAAACCUUCGCACCGAAGCCGAACGAAGAGGCUAUGUCUCUAAGCCUUGACCUACUCGAGGAGCACCGAGCGCAAGCCAACCUCCGGAAUGAAGCCUACAAACAGCGUGUGUCUCGGUAUUACGACUCUAGGGUCAGACCCCGCUCUUUCCGAAUCGGGGACUGGGUCAUGCGCAAGGUAUCGCUUGCGACGAAGGAUACCACGGAAGGAACCCUCGGACCUUCCUGGGAAGGACCUUAUGAAAUCAUCGGUAUCCUUCGCUCGGGAACCUACCGACUAAGAGGCUCCAACGGCAAGGCCCUCGGCCAUCCUUGGAACGUAGAACAUCUCAAGUACUACUACAAGUGA